AUGGCUCUCACUCGCGCCGCGAUCAUCGUCAUCGUCCUCGUCGCCUGUCUGGCGGUGACGGCACUCGGAGCCGCAAUCUUCCGCCACUACAACCCCAGCGAGGAUGAAGGCCGCUACAACUUCUCGCACGAGCAGCAGCAGUACAUGCGCAGCGUGCGCCUGCGCAACUUGGCCGCCCUGCGCGCGGAGGCGAUGGCGGCUCGCCACGAACUGGACUCACGCUGUUCGUAUUACACGCCCUCUGUCGAGACUGAGUCUCGGACUGACCCCCAACCCCAUGCUAAUUGA